AUGGCGGAGGAAGAGAGCGCGUGCUACUCAUACAGCGGCCCGCGCGAGGAAGGAGCGGUCGUCAGCAUAUCGGUGGAGGUCGAGGGUGCAGAGGCUGCUGCAGAAGGGGAGGAGGGGGAGCCGUCGGUCACCACAAAGUCGCGGGAGCUGACGUUGCUGGGCGCCCGGUCAACGGAAGACUCUGCCGAGUUGGGCAGCGCGACCUACCCCAACGGCGACGCUUACGAGGGAGGGUUCCUCAAGGGCGACCGGCACCAUCAGGGCAAAUACACGUACAGUGGUGGUGCGCCCGAUCCCGAGGGGGGAGAGGCGCGACCGCCACGUGCAGUCUACGAAGGCCUUUUCGAGCGCGGGGUCAAGUCGGGGGUCGGAGAAAUGACCUAUGCCGACUCGUCCAGGCGAGCAGCUCUGCGAAAGAGUCUUCUCAUGCAGUCGCCACGAUCCACAAAUCCUUUGCUCAUGCCCAGGUACCACGGAGAGUUCAAGGAUGGCCUGCGCGGUGGGAGCGGCACUAUGUACUAUGCCAGCGGCGAUACCUACUCCGGGCAGUGGAGCGGUGGCCUGAAGCAGGGGGAGGGCACAUACGUCUAUUCCUCGGGCGCGACCCUGACGGGCACCUGGCGGGGAGGUAUGAUUGAGGUGGGCAGCUUCACCGACAUGCACGGCAGCACCUUCAAGGGGUCGUUCUCCGGCGCCACGACGGCGCCCGCGUACGGCGAGGGCACGCUGACGAUGCCGAGCGGCAAUGCCAUCCCGGUGGCGCGUGAGGGCGAGUUUAUGAGUCUGUGA